AUGGACUAUGAGGCUUUGAAAGACCAGUGGAAUGAUGCGGAGGAGCGUGAUGGUAUCCGGUUGAGCUGGAACACCUUUCCAAGCACGCGCAUGGAAGCAUCUCGGCUUGUGGUCCCCAUUGGAGCUGUAUACACCCCAUUGAAAGAAAAGCCAGAGGGUACGUUGCUACAAUAUGAACCGGUUACCUGCAAGAUGCCCUGUAGGGCAGUCCUUAAUCCCUUUGCCAAUGUUGAUAUUCGUGCACGUAUCUGGAUAUGCCCAUUCUGCCUUCAACGCAACCCUCUCCCGCCGCAUUACAAGGAUAUUACCGAGAAUACAAUCCCGCCGGAGCUUCAUCCAGAGAAUAGUACUCUCGAAUAUCGGUUAGCCCGCCCUGCGCCUGCACCCCCAAUCUUCCUAUAUGUGGUCGAUACGUGUCAGGAGGAAGACAGCUUGAAGGCGUUGAAGGAAUCCCUCAUCAUGAGCUUGUCCCUACUACCUGCCAACGCCCUUGUCGGCUUGAUCACUUUCGGAACCAUGGCGCAAGUUCAUGAGAUCGGAUACACUGAAUGUGCAAAGUCAUACGUUUUCCGGGGCAGCAAGGACUACUCUGCAAAACAAGUUCAGGAGAUGCUCGGUUUACUUGCUCCCAAUCUCAGAGCGGCUGCACCACAGCAACCUACCAGGCCAAACCCUGCCAACUCUCCAGCCGCUAGGUUCCUUCUCCCUGUUCAGCAGGCUGAUUAUCAAAUUACAAACGUCCUCGAACAGUUACAGCAAGAUCCAUGGCCUGUUGCCAAUGACAGGCGCCCCCUAAGAUGUACUGGUGUUGCUCUUAGCGUUGCCAUUGGUUUGAUGGAAACCUCAUUCCAAGGUGCCGGCGGCCGUGUGAUGUUGUUCACCAGCGGUCCAGCCUCUGAGGGGCCCGGCCUAGUUGUUGGCCCUCAGCUAAAAGAGCCAAUUCGCUCUCACCACGACAUUGAUCGGGACAAUAUCAAAUAUUUCAAGAAAGCUGUCAAGUUCUACGAUAACCUGGCAAAAAGAGCUUCUCACAACAGCCACAUCGUGGAUAUAUAUGUCGGUUGCCUUGAUCAAGUUGGCCUACUAGAAAUGAAGGGUUUGGUAAACUCAACCGGUGGCCAUAUGCUACUUACCGAUAGUUUCACCUCUUCCCAGUUCAAGCAAUCCUUUGUUCGUAUUUUUGACAAAGAUCAGGAUGAUAACCUUACGAUGGGGUUCAAUGCUUCAUUAGAAGUUCUCACCACCAAGGAACUAAAGGUUACCGGUCUGAUUGGUCAUGCUAUCUCGUUGAAUAAGAAAUCCAGCUCUGUUGGUGAGACAGAUUGUGGAAUUGGCAACACUUGCUCUUGGAAGAUGUGUGGAAUUGACCCCGCUGCGAGCUAUGGCUUGUUCUUCGAAAUCGCAAACCAAGGCGGACCAGCUCCUAUGCAGCAAGGCCCUCAUCGCGCAAUGAUGCAAUUCCUAACCUAUUACCAGCAUUCUUCCGGCCAAUAUCAUCUUAGGGUUACAACUAUUGCAAGGCCCCUCAGCAGCCCUGCUGGUGAUGCAGCUCUUGCUCACUCAUUCGAUCAAGAAGCUGCGGCAGUAUUGAUGUCUCGUAUUGCAGUGUUCAAAGCCGAAGUGGAUGACGGCCCAGACGUUCUACGAUGGGUUGAUCGAAUGCUUAUCAGGCUCUGCUCCCGAUUCGCAGAUUACAGGAAGGAUGACCAAACUUCGUUCAGACUUGAGAAGAACUUCAGUCUCUACCCUCAAUUCAUGUUCCACCUUCGACGAAGUCAAUUCUUGCAGGUAUUCAACAAUUCACCAGACGAGACCGCCUUCUAUCGACAUGUCCUCAACCACGAGUCCGUUAGCGAUUCCCUUGUAAUGAUCCAGCCAACUCUUGACUCAUACUCUCUCGAGCAUGAAGGGAGCCAACCAGUGUUAUUGGACUCUGCUUCUAUUCAACCCGCUCACAUUCUCCUUCUAGAUACCUUUUUCCAUAUCCUUAUUUUCCAUGGUGAGACAAUGGCCGAAUGGAGAAAGGCUGGGUACCAGGACCAGGAAGGUUAUGAAAACUUCAAGGCAAUCCUUGACCAGCCAAAAGAAGACGCAAGGGAUCUUAUCCAAGACCGAUUCCCACUCCCCCGUUUCAUCGUCUGUGAUGCUGGUGGUUCGCAAGCUCGUUUCCUUCUUUCUAAACUCAACCCAUCCACCACACAUUCAUCUGGUGGCUAUGGAGGUGGACCGUCCGCUCAGACUAUAUUUACCGACGAUGUUUCUCUCCAAACGUUUAUGGAUCACCUUAUGAAGCUUGCGGUAUCUGGCACCAACUGA